AGACUGCAAUACAACUCCGCCACCUCCGCCACCCGUGUGCCAGGAAGGCGAAUUUCUACCUCAUGAGUGCCAAUGCAAUAAAUACUACCAGUGCAAGAACGGUCGGAAGGCUCUGCGUGAAUGCGACCAGGGAUGGCACUUCGACAAUUCAACGCGGCGAUGCAUUCCGGGGAACUGCAACAAUCCUAAACCAAGAUGCGGGCUGCGACAAAAACGUGAAACCUAAACCUGGCGAUUGCCCAAGUUCUAGUCCCUCAAAAUGGGCUCACGAGUGCGACUGUAGAUUAUAUUACCAGUGCGAAAGCGGAAAGAAGAAAUUAUAUGACUGCAGUUGGGGCAACUACUUCAACAUUGCUAAUCUGAAAUGCGAUGUCGCGUCAAAGGUAAACUGUAAAAAUAAUUGGGACGACUGGGUAUAGGUAACUAUCGAUUUUGAAAAAAGCUGGACAACUGGAUGUAGAUAACCAUCGAUUUCAAAGGAAGCAUGAAAAGGUUGAGAGUAACGAGAAGCAAAUUGCAUAUUUGCUAAAACUAUACUGCUGUAUUUGUAGGAGUAGAGAAUUUUGUUAAGAUAUUUUAAUAAAUCUGAUAAUCUAAGA